CAAGCGGAGUGGCCCAAGAAACGAAAUGAAAAAGCCCACCGGCAUUUACAAAAUUCUUCCCCGACUCUGUGUUCUCGCGUUUCAGAGAUGGAAGCAGACCAGCCCUGGGAAGCUCUAAACCUUGGCGACUCUGACUCUGACAUCCCAUCCCUUCUCCGCCCUUGUAAACGCAAAUCCACAGAAUCUACCCGCCCCUCCCCAAACCGCAUCCCAGGCCCUGCCGGGGCCGUUCACGCCGCUAUGCUCAGUAAACUUCAGAACAAUAUCAAUUCCUUCUGCAUUGGCAAGGAGCCCCUUACGACCCAGGAGUACGUUAGGAGGGCCGUCCUUGAUUCUGACGUCGACGACGGUGACUUCUCGCGUGAUCCCUGGCUUUUCGCCCUCGAAUUUAUUCGCCGUGAAGGCUUGGCUGUUGAUGGCGGGACAAUUGGUACUCCAUUGAGUUUGAUCAAAACUGAACCUAAGCUGGGAAACAGAAAAGUAGCUCAGGUUGUUGCCAUUAUCAAAUCUUGCACCCCAAAUGGUCUUGGUGAUCUUAUGGUGACUCUCAAGGAUCCUACGGGUACAAUUGAUGCUAGCAUGCACCGGAAAGUCCUAAUUGAAGGAGGCUUUGCAAACAACAUAACUGUUGGCACGGUUUUGAUACUGCAGAAGGUUUCAGUUUUCUCAUCUCCGCUCUCUGUUCGUUAUCUCAAUAUAACGCUCAACAAUAUUGUAAAGGCAAUCCCAAAGGAUACCAAGUCUCUGUCAGAACAGAAUCAUAAGUCAAGGGUCAUAUCCACUGCUCAUGCCAUUGGAAACACUAAGCAGACUUGGAAUCGACAGAAAGUGUCGAGUUUGUUACCGGACAGAAAUGCAAACAUCAUUAAUAGCCUCAGACAAACUUGUUAUAUGAGAGGGAGAGUGCUGAAUGAUAAAGGAGUUGGUGGAGAUGAAGCAUUGGGGCAGCAUAUUGGCGGCCGAAUGAAAAAUGCUGCAGUGCUAGAUGUCACGAAUGAGCUCGUGGAAAACGUUGUGGUCGAGAAGAUGCCGAGUCCACAGGAUUCGACGGAGAGAGAUGACCACUUGAAAAGCAGCCAUAGCAGUGAUGAUUCAAACUUGUUCGGCUUCUCGAAAAAGUGGGAAAGUGUAACCAUCGAUGAAGGUAAGAAACAAAGAAAGGUACCAAUUUCAAGAGGUUCACUUCCACAAUGGACUGAUGAACAGUUAGAUGAGUUGUGUUCAUUUGAUUGAGGUGAUG